UUUACGUUUCUCUCUUUUUCUCCCACGCGCGAGCACAUUUAUAUUCUUCCACCGCCGCCGAUGACCGCCAUAUGCCCGUAAAAAUCCUUUCUACCAUAUAUUCCGGACGAAACUUAAUUUUCCAGACAAGCAACGUUCCCUUUCAAUUUCUACCAUCAAAAUCACGCACAGUUUGACUCUAAAUCACAAAUCGACUCGAAAAUAUGUCGGAAAAAUUCUCGGCAACACUAAGGAUCGGCGACCUUAAUGAUUUCAUCGCACCGUCACAGGGUUGUGUUGUUUCUAUGAAGUCCGGUUCCGCUAGGCUCGUUGAUAAGCCAAAGAAGCUGGUAAAAACAACACCUGUCAAAGAGACUCUUGAAACAGAUCCAGUAAAAAUAUCACUCAAGGAUUGCUUAGCAUGCAGUGGGUGUAUUACUUCUGUAGAGACUGUUAUGUUAGAGAAGCAAAGCUUGGAUGAGUUUCUAUCCAAUAUAAACAAUGGCAAAAAUUUUAUUGUCUCUCUUUCACCUCAAUCAAGGGCUUCCAUUGCUGUGCAUUAUGGUCUUUCUCCACUUCAGGUUUUCAAGAAACUGACCACACUUUUCAAAUCUUUGGGGGUUAAAGUUGUAUUUGAUACAAGUUGUAGUAGAGAUUUGUCUCUUAUUGAAUCUUGUAACGAAUUCAUAUCACGUUAUAAACAAAGCAAUUCAGAUGACAAGGAAUCUUCUAGAUCGUUUCUACCCAUGAUAUCCUCUGCAUGUCCAGGGUGGAUAUGCUAUGCUGAAAAAACACUUGGUUCGUAUGUUUUGCCAUAUAUUUCUUCAGCGAAGAGUCCUCAACAAUCCAUUGGAGCUAUCAUUAAGCACCAUCUAUGCCACAAGCUAGGCGUUAGGGCAAGUGAGAUUUAUCAUGUGACAGUGAUGCCUUGUUAUGACAAAAAGCUGGAGGCUUCAAGAGAUGAUUUUGUUUUUCAUGAUGAAUCUUAGAUUUAAUACAGGUAAACACUCAACAAUGAAAUGAAUUUCGCUCUAGUAGUUUUGAUAUGAGGCGAAAAUACAUAAAUAAAUCUAGUUUUGUUAUUUUUGCAGACAAAAGCAGUAGUAGAUUUCGUGAAUUUGGAUGAAUCUCCUGUUGAUAAAUUGUUAUCGAAUGUAAGUGAAGAAGAGAAUAUUUUUGGGGUUAGAGGAAGCUCAGGAGGAUAUGCAGAUACAAUCUUUCGUUAUGCUGCAAAGACACUUUUUGAUCAGGAUCUCAAAGGCCCUUUGGAUUUUAAAACCAUUAGAAAUUCUGACUUUCAGGAAGUCAACUUACAAGUAGAAGGUAAAACAGUAUUGAAGUUUGCAUUGUGUUAUGGAUUCCGAAACUUGCAAAAUGUAGUCAGGAAACUUAAAAUGGGAAAAUGUGACUAUCACUAUUUGGAGAUCAUGGCAUGCCCUUCAGGGUGCUUAAAUGGAGGUGGGCAGCUGAAGCCAAAAUCAGGACAAUCUGGCAAAGACUUGAUUCAAGCAUUAGAGACCACAUACAUGCAAAAUGUUUUGGUUGUGGAUCCAUUUGAAAACAUGAUGGUGAAGAGGUUAUACGAGUCAUGGCUGGAACAUCCGGGUUCAGAAAAAGCAAAGCAACACAUACACACACAAUACCAUCCUAUUGUAAAAAGCAUUACUUCUCAGCUCAACAACUGGUGAACAUUAAUAACCACUUUCAACUUCUCAUGUCCUUUAAUAUUGACUUUUUUUGCGUUGACUUUAUGCCAACCGGUGAAGAAGUUGCAAUUUUGAAUUUUGAUGGUGGCCAUAAAAAGAUUUAUUCUACAUUCAUACACACAAGAGAAAAAGGGGUUGGUGUAGGUGUAUUUUUAUUUCUUAUGUAUUUUGUAGAUAUAUAUUUUGUAAUUUUUAUGGAGAACGUGUAUAAUUUUAUCUUAG